AUGACAACAAUCAGAUGUCUUCUUGCUAUUGCAGUAAAGAAAGGAUGGCAAGUAUCACAAUCGGAUGUAAACAAUGCCUUCCUGCAUGGAGAUUUGCAGAAAGAGGUAUACAUGAAAUUUUCAGCAGGAACAUCACCACCUUCACCUAAUCAUGUUUGCCUUUUGAAAAAAUCUCUAUAUGGGUUGCGACAAGCCUCACGACAAUGGUAUGCAAGGCUCAUCGCAACUCUGAAUUUCAAAGGAGAAAAACAAGGAAUCAUUUUGACUCAAAAACGUUAUACCUUGGAUCUCUUAUCUGAGUUUGACUGCAUGCAAAUGAGACCAACUUCUUCUCUUUUGGAUCCCACUCAGAAGCUUCACUCAGAACAAGGCACUUUGCUUCAAGAUCCCACCUUUUAUCGCCGACUAUUGGGGAAAUUAAAUUUUCUCACCCAUACUCGACCGGAUCUCUCCUUUGCUGUGCAACACCUCAGCCAGGUCAUGCAAACGCCUCGCCAGCCUCACCUAGAUGUUGCCUAUCACUGUUUCAAAUACCUUCUCAAAGAUCCUGGUUUGGGCUUAUUUCUGAAUUCAAGAUAUGAUUACGAGCUGCUGGAUUUCUGUGAUUUCGAUUGGGGAUCUUGUCCUCAAUCUCGGAAAUCCAUUAGUGGAUUUUUCAUCAGCUUGGGAGGAACUCCUGUUUCCUGGAGAUCAAAGAAACAAUUUUCAAUCUCUCUUUCCUCUGUUGAAGCAGAGUAUCACUCAAUGAGAAGAGUCACGGCUGAAAUUACCUAG